GUAAUCAGAUCAGUCUUAAUGCUGGACAAUCAAUAACAAUACAAUUACAAUACCUGGAGACACUAUUACUCAAACCAGUUACAGCAAGGGCUGAUUUAACAGGAACAAAAGUUGAGUCUAGUAAUCCAAUAUCUGUCUAUUCUGGUCACACUUGUGGUUUCAUUCCUGUCGGUCAAUUUGCUUGUGACUUUGUUGGUGAACAAAUACCACCAGUAGCCUCAUGGGGUAAUGAGUCCCUGGUUCAGUCAUUUUAUAAGCGUGAAUCUGGUUAUAUAUUGAAACUAAUUGGAUCGCAAAAUAAUACAGGCAUUGGUAUAACUUGUGAUAAUGGUAACAGUUAUUCAUUAUCCCUUCAAGAAGGUGGUGUACUCAGUCAAACUAUAUCUCAAACUAGUUGUUACAUUAAUUCAACUAGUCCAAUACUUGUAGCUCAGUUCUCACUGGCUCAGUUUGCUGAUUCUUCAUUCACUACACAUGGUGAUCCUGCUAUGACAAUCAUUCCUCCAAUACAUCAAUAUGCUUCUAAUGUAACUAGUUUUCCAAUCAUUAGUCUAUUGGGUGCUUCUACUUCUGUUAACCUUGUUAUACUUGCUGCAGAUGAUUCAUCACAGAUACAACUCAAUGGCACACUUCUUCCACCUCUCACAUCCAGUUCAUGGAAACAUUACAAUAGUUCUGUCGGUGGGUGCUAUGUAUUUAACAGUUAUAGCUUAAGUGAUGGUGGUGACAUUAGUGUUAUCAGUAUUUGGUCUAAUAACAGUAAUGACAAGAUACUAGCAAUGGUGUAUGGUUUGCAACAGUUCAUUGGUUAUUCAUAUACUGGAAACUUGGAUCUGAAACCAUCUGGAG